AUGAUCGCUUCUUCAGGUCCUGUUAGCGCAGUUGCUGCUUUGGCGGCGCGCAGAGCCCGGCAGCAGCAGGCAAUAAGCGAAGAUGCGCCCAAGGCUGCCCCUGCGCCUGUAGUGGAAAGCGAGCCGCCAUCAAAGAAGCCACGGCGAUCUCUCGAUGCGGUUGAGACCGCAGAGACGGGUGGAGAUCGCCGCAGUUCACGAACAAGGGCAACAAAGAAGCAAGACAAGCAAUUGCCUGUGGAGGAUUCGCCAAAGCAUGCGACAAGAUCAACACAGUCCUCUCGCGAAAGUCAAAAAGAGGAGGAAUCUUCCCAGGACGCUUCCGACGCCGAGCAGGUCGCCACAGACACAAUUGAGAACAAUGAAGAAAUGGACGAGAACGAGGUCGCUUCUGUUGUAGGCGAUGCCGAUGGAUAUGAAUCCCCCGCAGAAACACCGGCGGAAUUGCAAAAUUUCUCUUUGUCGAAAGUUCGUUUGAACAAAAGCAAUAUCGUCUACAGUGACGAAAGCACCCUUUGCAUUCGGAUCAAGGAGAGAACAAACCUGGCAUUGUUGGGCCAAUACGAUCUCUGGGUCAAAAGAGGUGUUGUGAGUCUGAUGGGCGCAAAGCUGCAUGCCUCUUCGCAAUUGCACCGAGUGUACGCCCCGUCGACUCACUCAUUACCGGUCAUUAAAUGCGUCUCUGGGACUGACGGAGAGGCUGAGGUUGAAAUCAAGUCCUGCAACAGCGGGCUUUCUCACCUCCAGGACCUGUCGCCUCUUUACCAAAGAAUUUGGACUGGCGAGAACACUACAGCAGAUAAAGCCACACUCCAAAGUGCCCCCAAAGAUUCGAAGCGGUCUUUCUCAGUACUAUAUACCUCGGCAGAUGAUUCAUUAAACAGACAUCUCCGUCCACUUCAUCUCGACAAAAAGUGGAGUGCCUCAAUGAAAGGUCUCUCACAGCGUCAAGGCCAACUACGCGUUCUAGUCUGUGGCCCGAAGGCCUCUGGAAAAUCUACAUUCAGUCGCUACUUGCUGAACCAUGUGCUCAGCCCAACACCUGAAACCGAGGGUGGAUAUGUGAACACAGACGGGGUCGCUUUCCUAGAUCUAGACCCAGGGCAGCCUGAAUUCACCGCUAUGGGCCAAGUCUAUCUUGCCCGUCUGCGCAAUCCAUUCUUCGGUCCACCAUUCACACAUCCGUCGCUUGACGAUUCCCAUGGCGGUGAAAUAGUGCGUGCGCACCAUAUCGGCGCAGCGUCACCAAAGGAAGACCCUGAUCAUUAUGCACUGGCUGUCAUGGAUCUCAUGGAACAAUAUCGCACAUUGUUGGAAAAGUAUCCUCAAUGUCCUCUCAUCAUCAAUUAUCCUGGCUGGAUCUUUGGACAAGGUCUAGAGGUUGCAACAUGGUUGGUCAGAUCACUAGGUCUUUCCGAUGUUGUUUACAUGAGCGAAAAGGGCCCAUCGGAGGUUAUCGAACCAUUGGGUCUUGCAGCUCGCGAAGCUCGUGUUCCUUUGACCGUGCUGCCUUCUCAGCCAACCGACUUUGUGAGUCGAUCUAGCGCUCAGCUACGCGCUAUGCAGAUUCAGUCCUACUUCCACAUGUCUCAUCCAACCGAUCUUGGCAGCUCUCUCUGGUCAGAGGAGCCUCUUUCGCGCACCCGACCCUUGACUGUGGAUUAUAACGGUCCACGUCAGGGAAUUUUAGGCGUCAUGGUGAUGGGAUCUCAGAUUAACCCUGAUCUAUUGCAUGAAACGCUUGAAGGUGCUAUUGUAGGCCUUGUGGCAGUGGAAUCACCAAGAGCCUUGAUGGGCGGAAUGGCCCCACCUGAUGCACCAAAUGAAGAACAAGACGGGGAUGGCUCUGGUUUUGAUAUUGACAUGGACUCGGAGAACCCAGCUGCUACAAGCAUCCAAAGCUCCAUGGCGGACAACAUUGUUCGAACUCAAGAAGACCUACCUUACCUCUUCGUUGGGUCUGGCAGCUGUACUCCGCUAGACCCCAGAAUGUCUCAUUGCCUGGGUCUGGCUUUGGUUCGCUCGAUCGAUACAAGCUCACACAAGCUCGAACUAUCCACCUCGAUUCCUCCCUCCUACAUACAACGCUCUAUCGAGAAAGGUCACAGCCUUGUCUUAGUCCGCGGCCAAUUGGAUAACCCGAAUUGGGCGAUCAGUGAGGAGUACCAUGCCGCUCGGGCCGCUGAGCGACGUUACCAGGAGUCCACAUCUGGCCAGAAGAAGGCCGGUGGCUCCGGCGGUAGUGAUGGAUCCGAAUCAUCUAAACAUACUAGAACGCUUGCGCUGCUGCGGGAGAGAGUACGACGGGCGAGUAAUGUUCCGUGGAUGACAGUUGUGGAGGAUAACAGUCGGCAUCAGCGUGAAGUUGCGGCACGACGAGAGAAGUCGCUUUGGAAAUUGCGGAAGAAGGCAUACCCUGGAAGUGAGAGUGAGGCAGAUUACUGA